CGGCGGCGCAGGAGGAUGUACUUGGUGGCGGGGGGCAGGGGGCUGGCCGGCUGCGGGCACCUCCUGGUCUCGCUGCUGGGGCUGCUGCUGGCGCGCUCCGGCACCCGGGCGCUGGUCUGCCUGCCCUGCGACGAGUCCAAGUGCGAAGAGCCCAGGAGCUGCCCCGGGAGCAUCGUGCAGGGCGUCUGCGGCUGCUGCUACAUGUGCGCCCGCCAGAGGAACGAGAGCUGCGGCGGCGCCUACGGGCUCCACGGAGCCUGCGACCGGGGGCUGCGCUGUGUCAUCCGCCCCCCGCUCAAUGGCGACUCCAUCACCGAGUACGAAGUGGGCGUCUGCGAAGACGAGAACUGGGCUGAUGAUCAACUGCUUGGUUUUGAACCCUGCAAUGAAAACCUCGUCUCUGGCUGCAAUAUAAUCAAUGGGAAGUGUGAAUGUGACACCAUUCGGACCUGCAACAAUCCCUUUGAAUUUCCGAGGAAGGAUAUGUGCCUUUCAGCUUUGAAGAGGAUUGAAGAAGAGAAGCCAGAUUGCUCCAAGGCCCGCUGUGAAGUCCAGUUCUCUCCACGUUGUCCUGAAGAUUCCGUUCUGAUCGAGGGCUAUGCUCCCCCCGGGGAGUGCUGCCCCUUACCCAGCCGCUGCGUGUGCGACCCUGCGGGCUGUCUGCGCAAAGUCUGCCAGCCGGGAUACCUGAACAUACUAGUGUCCAAGGCCUCAGGGAAGCCGGGAGAGUGUUGUGACCUGUAUGAGUGCAAACCAGUUUUCAGCGUGGACUGCAGCACCGUGGAGUGCCCCUCCGUUCAGCAGGCUGUGUGCCCCCUGGACAGCUACGAGACUCAAGUCAGACUCACAGCGGACGGUUGCUGCACCCUCCCGACAAGAUGCGAGUGUCUCUCUGGCUUAUGUGGUUUCCCCGUGUGUGAGGUGGGAUCCACCCCUCGCAUAGUCUCUCGUGGAGAUGGGACACCCGGAAAGUGCUGUGAUGUCUUUGAAUGUGUUAAUGAGACCAAGCCAGCCUGUGUCUUCAAUGACGUGGAGUAUAAUGACGGAGAUAUGUUUCGAAUGGACAACUGUCGGUUCUGCCGGUGCCAGGGGGGUGUCUCCAUCUGCUUCACUGCCCAGUGCGGCGAGCUGAGCUGCGAGAGGUACUACGUGCCCGAAGGGGAGUGCUGCCCAGUGUGUGAAGAUCCAGUGUAUCCUUUUAACAACCCUGCCGGCUGCUACGCCAGUGGUCAGAUCCGCGCGCACGGAGACCGGUGGCGGGAGGAUGACUGCACGUUCUGCCAGUGCAUCAACGGGGAGCCCCACUGCGUGGCGACAGCCUGCGGCCAGAGCUGCAUGAACCCCGUCAAAGUGCCCGGCGAGUGCUGCCCCGUGUGCGAAGAACCAACCUACAUCACAAUUGAUCCACCUGCAUGUGGGGAGUUACCAAACUGCACACUGACGGAGAAGGACUGUGUUUACGGUUUCAAACUGGAUCACAAUGGCUGUCGAACCUGUCAGUGCAAAAACAGGGAGGAGCAGUGCUUGGGGCUCGAGAGGGGCUGCACUUCGGACUGCCCCUUUGGCUUCCUGACCGACGCCCACGGCUGUGAGAUCUGUCGGUGCCGCCCGCGCCCCAAGAAGUGCAGACCCGUCACCUGUGACAAGCGUUGUCCCUUUGGAUACCUGAAGAAUAAGCACGGCUGUGACAUCUGUCGCUGUAGGAAAUGCCCAGAGCUCCCAUGCAGCAAAAUCUGCCCCUUGGGUUUCCAGCAGGACAAUCAUGGCUGUCCUAUCUGCAAGUGUAGAGAGGUCCCUGCUUCAGCCGGGCCACCUGUCCUGUCAGGCACAUGUCUGUCCAUGGAUGGCCAUCAUCAUAAAAAUGAGGAGAGCUGGCAUGACGGGUGCCGGGAGUGCUACUGCCACAAUGGACGGGAAAUGUGUGCUCUGAUCACCUGCCCGGUGCCUGCCUGUGGCAACCCCACCAUUCAUCCGGGACAGUGCUGCCCGUCAUGUUCAGAUGACUUUGUGGUGCAAAAGCCAGAGCUCAGCACCCCCUCCAUUUGCCACGCCCCCGGAGGAGAGUACUUUGUGGAAGGAGAAACCUGGAACAUUGACUCCUGCACCCAGUGCACCUGCCACAGUGGGCGGGUGCUGUGUGAGACAGAGGUGUGCCCGCCCCUGCUCUGCCAGAGCCCCUCACGCACCCAGGACUCCUGCUGCCCGCAGUGUACGGAUGAACCUCUUCAGCCUUCCUCAUCCCAUAAUGAGAGUGUGCCUAGUUACUGCAAAAAUGAGGAAGGGGAUAUAUUCCUGGCAGCCGAGUCCUGGAAGCCUGACGUGUGUACCAGCUGCGUGUGCAUGGACAGCGUAAUUAGCUGUUACUCCGAGUCUUGCCCUUCAGUCUCCUGUGAAAGACCUGUUUUGAGGAAAGGCCAGUGUUGUCCCUACUGCAUAGAGGACACGAUUCCGAAGAAGGCCGUGUGCCACUUCAGCGGGAAGGCCUACGCCGACGAGGAGCGCUGGGACAUCGACAGCUGCACGCACUGCUACUGCCUGCAGGGCCAGACCCUCUGCUCCACCGUCAGCUGCCCGCCGCUGCCCUGCGUCGAGCCCAUCAACGUGGAGGGAAGCUGCUGCCCAAUGUGUCCAGAAAUGUAUGUGCCAGAACCAACCAACAUACCCAUUGAGAAAACAAAUCAUCAUGGAGAGACUGACCUGGAGGCUCCGUUGUGGCCCACGCCUAGUGAAAACGACAUCAUCCAUCUCCCCAGAGACAUGGGUCACCUGCAGGUAGAUUACAGAGAGAACAACAGGCCACACGCAGGCGAAGAUGCGUCGCUGGACUCCAUCGCCUCAGUGGUGGUCCCCAUAAUAAUCGGCCUCUCUAUUAUCAUAGCAUUCCUGUUCAUCAAUCAGAAGAAACAGUGGAUACCACUGCUUUGCUGGUAUCGGACACCAACUAAGCCUUCUUCCUUGAAUAAUCAGCUGGUGUCUGUGCACUGCAAGAAAGGAGGCAGAGUCCCAGCGGACAGUUCGCAGAGGAUGCUAAGAAUUGCCGAGCCCGACGCGAGACUCAGCGGCUUCUACAGCACGCAGAAACAGAGCCACCUCCAGGCAGACAACUUCUACCAGACCGUGUGAAGGAAGGCACUGGGGAAGAGGUUUUGAAAGACAGACGACGGCUAAACCUGCUUUGAAAAGUAAACUAGAAUUUGUGCACUUGCUUAGUGGAUCGUUUUGGGUUGUGACUUGACGUACAGCGCUAAGAACUUGCCGGGCCGGGCUCUGUCUCCAGCAAUGUGCCGAACAAACAUUCCCACUCUCCUCAAGAUCACUGACCAAGUGUUUUCUUAGAACCAAAGUUUUUAAAGUUGCUAAGAUGUAUUUGCUUGUAAUCUAGCUGUAGGGGUGUCUGGGGCGGGGGACAGCGAGUUCGGCUGGGGAAGGGGGCAGGUGGUGUUGGGAAGGCAAAUUGGUCAGCUUGGCUCGGGGAGAAGCCCAGAGGAUGCCUUCCCCCCCCCCCCACCGUUGCUCUGAAGACUGCCCGGGCUGCGGCCAAGCCCAGGCCUGAGUGAGCGGGGAAACCGAGGCCUUGCCGUCCAGCUGCCGUUCACCACCUUAGGACUGCCAGACCGCACACCAGAACCUUUGCUAGCCAUCCCCGGGCUAAAGCCACGAGUUUCUUUUCUAUACAGUCCCAGCCGCGGGAGGCGGGGAGGCGGGGGGAGAGAUGUGUCGCGGCGUUUCUCUGACGCGGGUUAGAGGAUAGAUCCAGUUAGACUUUUUGCUGCUUUUGUUUUCUUCCAAGCCAGCCAGUUCCUAGCAGAGUCAGCGAGUGGAGGAGACGGAAGUCGUUUCUUGAUGCGAGCACUGGAGCCCCUCGCCACGCGGGGCGGAGGGCGAGGGCCAAGGACGCCAGGUCUUCCAGGGGCUGCGCUUCACUCUCCGUCGUCGCUUUGUUCUGUUGUUGGUUGUCCAUAGUUGUUGUUGAAGCUCUAGCUUAAGAAGAAACUUUUAAAGAGGACUGUUUGGGGAUUGUUUUUUUCCUUAUUAUAUACUGAUUCUACAAAAUAGAAACUACUUCAUUUUAAUUGUAUAUUAUUCAAGCACCUUUGUUGAAGCUCAGAAAGAAAAAUAUGCCUCCUUAAACUUUAGCAAUUAUAGGAAUAUUUAUGUAACUAUCUUAUGCUUCAAAAAAACAAAAGUAUUUGUGUGCGUGUGUAUAUAAUAUAUAUGUGCAUAUAUAUUUAUACACAUACAAUUUAUGUUUUCCUGUUGAAUGUAUUUUUAUGAGAUUUUAACCAGAACAAAGACAAACAGGCAUUCCAUAUCAAUGCUUCUGAUCACUUACCAAUUUUUAACAACACAAAAUUUUAUUCUACCUGCGGUUUAAUUGGGAAGAAAGAUGUGGAGAGAGUGUGUGUGUGUGUGUGUGUGUGUGUGUGUGUGUGCACGUGCACACGCCUGUGCAGUCAGCAUCACACCUGCGAUGGAGGAGGUGUUCCGUCAUUAAAAUCUUCCUCAUUUGGAUCUGCUUUCUGUUGGUUUUCAGUUUGCUCCCUGGCCAGAAACAUCAACAGCAGUUCAUCUGCAUCGCUAAUCAGCUCCUGGAUUUUUUUUUCCUUCAAACAACUGUUUGAAACAACUACUGGAAUAUGGUCCGUAAUAAGCUGGAAGUUCGUUGUAGUUUGCCUCAAGUAUAAACUGACUGCAUCCUCUAGUGUUAACUUUCCAAACAGCUCUCGGCACUUUUAUACUAAUUACCCAUUUGUGCAUUGAGUUUUCUUUUUAAAAUGCUUGUGGAGAAAGACACAGACACCCAGUAUGCUUAAUGUGAAAAGAAAAUGUGUUCUGUUUUGUAAAGGAACUUUCAAGUAUUGUUGUAAAUACUUGGACAGAGGUUGCUGAACUUUAAAAAAAAUUAAUUUAUUAUUAUAAUGACCUAAUUUAUUAAUCUGAAGAUUAACCAUUUUUUUGUCUUAGAAUAUCAAAAGGAAAAGAAAAAGGUGUUCUAGCUGUUUGCAUCAAAGGAAAAAAAAAAGACUUAUUAUGAAGGGGCAAUAUUUUUUAUCUAUUUCCAAAAUAAAUUUGUUAAUGAUACAAUGUUACCAAAAUAGAUUUACAUCAGCCUGAUUAGUAUAAAAUUUUGUUGACAAUUAAUCCAUUCCUGGCAUAAAAAAAAUCUCUAUCAAAAAAAAUUGUAAAUGCUUGCUUUUUGUUUUUUUCAAUCAUGGCCAUAUUAUGAAAAUACUAACAGGAUAUAGGACAAGGUGUAAAUUUUUUUAUUAUUAUUUUAAAGAUAUGAUUUAUCCUGAGUGCUGUAUCUAUUACUCUUUUACUUUGGUUCCUGUUGUGCUCUUGUAAAAGAAAAACAAAUCUAAUUUCCUGAAGAAUAAAAUAGAUCUAUGGCACUGGGA